UGAGACUGUGAGUGAUUAUGAACAAUACUAUGACAACAAUGGAGAAUUGGUUGAACUAUCCAUCCCUAAAGGUGUGUUUUGCAAUUUUGGCGAGUUUGGACCUCAGUGCGAAUUCUCAUGCAAUCAGGAUCCGUGUCUGAAUGGUGGAGCCUGCAACAUGGAACUUAAUGGAUGUACCUGCCCUUCUGGCUUCCGUGGCAUCGUUUGCAAUGAAACUUGCCCUGAAGGGUUUUAUGGAGAGGGUUGCCAAAGCAUAUGCAUAUGUAAAAAUGGAGGAACUUGUAAUUUUGUAACUGGUGAAUGUAUCUGUCCAGUAGGGGUUGAAGGUCGCUACUGUGAAUAUGGCUGCCCACCUGGGAAAUGGGGUACAGAGUGUCAGCGACAUUGCCAGUGUUCGAGUGGGUUGACCUGUAACCGUGACACUGGAAUCUGCAACUGUCCCGCUGGCUUUUUUGGAAUGUCUUGCAACUUCCAAUGUCCAAAAUUUAUGUAUGGCCUUGGUUGUAGCAUGAAAUGUGACUGCCAUCCUACUAAUGCAGAAAGCUGUGACAACGAGAAUGGAGUUUGCAUAUGUAAACGUGGUUAUGUAGGAGACCGAUGUCAAAUAGAAUGUGAUGAUGGAUGGUAUGGGCUAGAAUGCCGAAGCAGGUGCCGCUGCAGCGAUCCAAAACUUUGUAACAAGAAUACCGGCGAAUGCAGUCGCCAGUGUCCAGCUGGCUACAUGGGAGAAAACUGUGAAACAUUAUGUCCUGAGGGGCGUUAUGGGGAGAACUGUGAGGGAAUUUGUCGUUGCGGAGAGCGCGAGUGUAACUCAAUAAACGGUGAAUGUUCCUGUGAAGCUGGAAAGACUGGACCUGAUUGCAUGGAAGAAUGCCAAGAUGGAUUGUGGGGAGUUGGUUGCCGUAAUAACUGCACAUGCUCAAACGACCGAAUUUGUGAGAAGGCCACAGGAGAGUGUCAGUGUCCGCUCGGAUUUCAAGGAGAUGCUUGCGUAGAAGAGUGUAUACAGGGGUGGUACGGUUCAAUGUGCCGUCAUCGAUGUAGGUGUAAGAAUGAUGCAGACUGCGAUAAGCAGACAGGGAAGUGCCGCUGCCAAGCUGGAUGGCAGGGUCCAACAUGCGGUGAAUCAUGUCCUGGGGGUUAUUUUGGUUUCAACUGCGAGGCCAAGUGCACAUGUCACAACAGUGCGGAGUGUGAUCCAGUGACUGGUGAAUGCAUCUGUGAACCUGGAUGGCAGGGAUCUCAGUGUCAGCAAGUCUGUGAUAAUGGUUUUUAUGGACGGUUCUGUGAGAACAAGUGUUCAUGCUUAAAUGGUGCCAUGUGUGAUCAUGUAGGAGGCGGAUGCACCUGCUCUGCUGGUUGGAGAGGAGAAAUCUGCGACAAGCCCUGUCCAGAUGGUUUCUACGGACAUGAAUGUCAGAAGAGGUGUCGUUGCGCAAACAGUGCUCGGUGCGACCCUGUCAACGGAGAAUGCCUCUGCGCUCCAGGUUUCACAGGAGACUUAUGUUUGCAAGAGUGCAGUGAAGAUAGGUUUGGACAGGACUGCCGCGGUGUAUGCGAUUGUAACAAUGGCGCUGACUGCGAUCAUGUGACUGGCUUGUGUGUUUGCGCGGCUGGAUGGAUGGGCCAUUCAUGUACCAAACCUUGUUUGAAGGGCUACUUUGGUAUUGGUUGUGCCCAGCGUUGUAUCUGCCAGCACGGUUCCAAAUGUAUCCCAAGCACUGGUGCCUGUGAGUGUACUGGUGGCUGGACUGGUCGUGCUUGUGAACGUGAAUGCGAGUCUGGUUACUUCGGACCAAGCUGUCAGCUACCGUGUCAGUGUCUUAAUGGAGGGUCAUGUGAUCGAUUUAAUGGAACAUGCCAGUGUGCCCCUGGAUGGGUUGGAAUAGAAUGUGAAGAAGCCUGUCAGAAGGGUUACUUUGGAGAGAAUUGUGAACAGAAAUGUCUCUGUCAGAAUGGAGCAACGUGUGACCACCAAACUGGGGCGUGUGAUUGUGCUCCUGGCUGGAGAGGUUUCACCUGUGACAAAGCUUGUGUAGAAGGUUAUUACGGUGAAUCAUGUGAGAAUUAUUGUGGAUGUGGUCUAAAUACCCCGUGCAACCAUGUGACCGGCGAGUGUAUCUGUCCCCCGGGAUUUACAGGACCCCAGUGUAGCGACGCUUGCCCAGCUGGACGAUUUGGACAAGACUGCGAAGAGUUGUGCCUUUGUGGAGCUAACACAAACUGUGAUCCAGUGGAUGGAGAGUGCAAAUGUAAACCAGGUUAUCGAGGAAAGAAAUGUGAAAAAUUCUGCUCACCAGGACGCUACGGACCAAACUGUCACCAGAGGUGUGAGUGUCAAAACAAUGGACAGUGUAACCCUAAUGACGGAUCUUGUGACUGUCCAGCCGGAUACAUUGGAGCAAAGUGUAGCAAACUCUGUCCCGCGGGUUCCUUUGGGAUCGAUUGUCUUGAGAAAUGCUUCUGCCAGAAUGAUGGAACUUGUGACCCAAUGACUGGACACUGUUCCUGCAAGAGCGGUUUCUUUGGAGAAUUUUGCCAAACAGAGUGUCCUCCAGGAUAUUUUGGUAUGAAUUGUGAGAUGUCUAGAGAAUGUAACAACGGAGGGCGUCUGGAUCCUUUGACUGGCGUCUGUUCUUGUGGUUUGGGAUUCACUGGCGUUACUUGUGAGCAAGAAUGCCAACCUGGUACUUACGGCUUCAACUGUGAACUGGAGUGCCCUUGCCAAAACAGUGCAUCAUGUGACCGAAUGACAGGUUGUUGCAUGUGUGCUGAUGGUUACUAUGGUAACUUAUGUCAAUAUGAAUGCCCUGAGGGUUUCUAUGGUUUCUAUUGUAGCAAGCAAUGUGAAUGUUAUGAUGGCGCUGCUUGUGAUCCUGUUACUGGCCAAUGCCGAUGCCCACCCGGACGUCAAGGACCAAACUGUGAACAAACUUGUACACCUAACUUCUAUGGACCCCAUUGUGAGUUCUUCUGUGAUUGUGGCAAUGGGACACAGUGUCAUCCAGAGACUGGUCUAUGUGAUUGUGCAUCAGGACGAACUGGCCAAGGCUGCCUAACAGAAUGCCCUCAAGGACGUUAUGGGCCAAAUUGUGGGUUUAGUUGCGACUGUGCGCACUCGUCUGUUUGUAACCCAGUCAACGGGUCUUGUACAUGUGUCAAUCAAUGGAUUGGACCAACCUGUGAAAAAGCGUUGUUUACAACAUUCAUUCAAAUUGUUCGAACGAAAGAAAAGUUGGCAAUCAAACAUGUAGCAGAUGGACCACCUCAUUUUAACAAGAAAAAACACAACCGUGGAAGUAACCAUGAGACACAUUCGAAUAGGGGGGAUGCACGAACAAGUACAGAUGCAACCAACACUGAUAACUACCGUGCAGCUUUACGACAAUAAUGUACCUUUGUAUUUUUUUUUUAGAUAAGUUUUACUUAAACAUUUUUUAUAAAACUAAUGGCUAAAUAAUCUGUGUUUGGCAUGAUGCCAAAUUCAACAUGUUUGAACCCGCUUGUGUUGGCAGAUUUUUUUUUCUAUCUUCUAUGCAAUCCAAGUGACAUCUGACCCCCAUCUUGCAAUAUAUUCAAGCAAAUGUGCAACUUUGGAAACAGUUUUCAAAAUUGUUUUAUAUUCAUGAUACUAGCAAUCAUUUUCAUGAUAUUGUUUUAUAUAUUUAAAAUACUAUCAUUAAUAUUCAUGAUGUCAAUAUUAUAUCAUUAAUAUUCAUGAUACUGUUAAUGCUGUUCAUGAUGUAAUAAAUAAUAAAGUUAAUAUUUGUGGUACUGCCAAUAAAUACAGUAUUGUUUGUAAUAUGAGGUUAAAUUCAACACCAAUCAAGUUAAAAAGCAAUAGCAAUUUGGAUACUUUGCAAUGUUUUUCUCGCCCAUUUUUUUCGAAAAUGAAGUGUCGAUGUUUAAUGGUUUUUGCAUAGGGUUUACAAUAUUUUUAAUAUAAAUGUAUUUAUUGCUAUCAACUGUUGACGAAUUAGUGUGAUUUAAAGCGGGGAUUUUUAGGCCAGUGUGGUUGUGGAACUUCGGACGCCGUUCCAGCUGAAGUUUUGUAAGUAAUAUGUGACGUCGGAUGAACAUGCAUGUCAUGUGAUCAGAAAAUGUAUAUUAUAGUUUCAACUUCUUACUUAUUUUCUUGUAUUUAUAUUCUGCCUCACCUUUUCAAAUUGCUUUUUAUGUAUCUAAAUGUUCUAUGAGACGAUUUUAUUUUCGCAUGAAUAUUUUUUGCUUUUUGUAGCUUUUUGUAUAUUGAAAUUUAUUGAUGUCUAGAUAGGGGUAAAUAUUCCUCCGUUUUCCAUUCAGCCAUUUUCAAAAUAUAACCUAAAAGGAAAUUCAUUGUCAAUACUGUAGUCUGUAUUGGCAUUGUUAUUUUGUAUCUAAUUUACAUUAUUUAUGCUCUGAUGUGUAUAAAGGUUUUGACUUUGCUAUAAAUUUCAGGUAUAAGAAGCAGGGAACCUUUUAAAAGGAUAUUUUUUUUGUUUCUUUAUCCUGUUUAUCUUCAACAUAAAAAGUAUGUUUGUAGAAUUCGUCUCUACUCAUAAUUUCAUUAGACACAAUGACGUAACUACAAAUUCAUCUAUAGCAAUACUGUAUUCAUAGUACAGGAUAUUUUUUUUUUAUCAAUUAUGAUUAUUUAAAUAUGUUUAAAUGUCAUUUAAUGCAACAAAUUGAACUUGUCUACCUCUGAUGUAAGGUAUCCUUGGUCGAUAAGGGUUAUUCUGAAUAUAUAAAUUUGUAUCAAACCUUAAUAAACUUUAUAAAAUACAUAUCUUAUGAAAUAAUUAAUUAAAAUCAUUUGUUAUAUUGCUAUUAUAUCAACAGUUUCAUAAUUGGAUUUUAUUAUAUUUAUAAUAAAUUUGUAUGCCGACACAUAGCGUUCAUAAAUAUGUAGAAAAUCAAGAUAAAAAUUAUAUUUUUUCUUACAAAUUGUUUCGAUUUUUACCCUUUUUAUGUUUUAAUUGUUCUUAAUUAGAUAACUCAUACUUUUUUACUUCUUUACUCCAAGAUUUCAUAUUUAAUAUUUUAUGCUUCCAAGAAAACAGACUUGAUAUAUCUAAAAUACAUUUUUAUUUAUUUGCGCUUUUUGUAUACUUUGUAUAUCAUCCAAUGUUUCUUGUGUAAAUAUUGUGCAGGGAUGCAUAAGUAAUAUGCCUAUAGUACAGACAGAGGAAACCUGAAGACAAUGCCGAUGAAGUCUUGCCCAUGGCUUUGAAUUUCUAAUUUUUUAAAUGUUCUGUAUUGGUGUAGUACAGUUGCAUAAUUUCAAAUUCUUUUUGAAGCAGAAACAUUUUGUACCUGCUCUUAAUUCCAUUUGCGGAUCCACAGGGAUUCACAAAGGUUUAAUGCAUAUACUAUUUGUACAGUGGCGUAUCAAGGGGAGGGAGUGGGGUGUGCACCCCAUAACAGAACUCGCUCUCCCCUCCCAUCGAAAAUGUUUGAAGCAAAAAAUAAUGCUCAAGUAGAUAAACAUCACCUCAUAUCACUUUGUUUUUUGCAACUUCUCAAAAUUAGUACCAGAAUAAUAAAGUUUUUAAAAUACCAACAAA